AUGCCCAAGAACAAGGGAAAGGGUGGUAAGAACCGGCGUCGUGGAAAGAACGAAAACGACAACGAAAAGCGUGAGCUCAUCUUCAAGGAGGAGGGCCAGGAAUAUGCGCAGGUGGUGAAGAUGCUGGGCAACGGCCGUCUCGAGGCCAUGUGCUUCGACGGCGAGAAGCGGCUUGCGCACAUCCGAGGCAAGCUGCGGAAGAAGGUCUGGAUCAACCAGGGCGACAUCAUCCUGCUCUCCCUGCGCGACUACCAGGAUGAGAAGGGCGAUGUGAUCCUGAAGUACAGCGCCGACGAGGCCCGUAGUCUCAAGGCCUACGGCGAGCUGCCCGAACACGCCAAGAUCAACGAGACCGACACCUACGGCCACGAGGGCUUCGAGGACAACGUCGAGUUCGACGAGGACCGCGAAAGCACCGACGAGAAGGAGAUCGACGUCGACGAAAUCUAA